CGGCUCGGCUCCCUCCUCCUCCAAGCUCCACGGAGCAAGCGGGCGCCCCGCAGCCCCCCGAGGGUGCGCGAUGUCGCCGGUCGGGCACUGAGCUCCCCUCCGCGCUGCCCUCCCCGCCGGGCAGGCUGGGUAGCGUGCCGUGGUUACCGUUACUAGGCUGGCGGCGGGGAGCGAUGGUGAAGGAAACUAUCCGGGUGUACGCGCGGCUGAAGCCCUUAGGAAGGCGGCAGCAAGCGGGGAUCUAUUCAGUUGAUGAUGAGAAAUCUGUGUCCAGUCUGGAGAUUAUUGUGCCGCAUGAUUUAGCAGAUGGGUUUGUCAAUAAUAAACGGGAGAACUACAAGUUCAAAUUCCAGAAAAUUUUUGAUCAAGAGGCAAAACAAGAUGUGAUUUUUGACAGCAUUGCCAAACCAGUGGCAGAAUGUGCUUUGGCAGGAUAUAAUGGUACCAUCUUUGCCUAUGGUCAGACAGGCAGUGGCAAAACUUUUACAAUCACAGGAGGAGCUGAACGUUACAGUGAUCGAGGCAUCAUUCCUAGAACUCUGUCUUACAUUUUUGAUCAAUUGCAGAAGGAUAACAGCAAAAUGUAUACAACCCAUGUUUCCUACUUAGAAAUCUACAAUGAAUGUGGUUAUGAUUUGUUGGACCCAAGACAUGAAGCUUCCAGACUGGAAGAUUUGCCAAAAGUGACAAUAAUGGAAGACCCUGACCAGAACAUUCAUCUGAAAAACUUGUCUCUUCAGCAAGCAAACAAUGAAGAGGAAGCAUUAAACCUACUCUUCUUGGGAGACACUAACAGAAUGAUUGCAGAGACACCAAUGAAUCAAGCCUCAACUCGAUCUCACUGCAUUUUCACUAUUCACAUCUCCAGCAAGGAACCUGGAUCUGCAACCAUCCGACGUUCCAAGUUACACUUAGUAGACCUUGCUGGAUCAGAGCGUGUUGCAAAGACUGGAGUUGGAGGUCAUUUAUUGACAGAAGCCAAAUAUAUCAACUUGUCGCUACAUUAUUUGGAACAGGUAAUAAUUGCCCUUGCAGAGAAAAAUCGGUCCCACAUUCCCUAUCGAAACUCUAUGAUGACCUCAGUGCUAAGAGACAGCCUGGGAGGAAACUGCAUGACUACUAUGAUAGCAACUCUUUCUUUAGACAAAAGAAACAUAGAUGAAUCUAUAUCAACCUGUAGAUUUGCACAGCGAGUCGCUCUUAUUAAAAACGAAGCAGUUCUUAAUGAAGAAGUUGACCCCAGAUUGAUGGUUGUCCAACUGCAAAAGGAGAUCCAAGAGUUGAAAGAUGAGCUGGCACUGGUGACUGGCAAGCAAAGAACAUCAGAGCUUUCACAAGAAGAGCUACUUCAGUUGGAUAAAUUAAUUGAAACGUUUCUGGAAGAUAAUGAUCCUGAAAGUACUCUGGAUAUUGGUGCAGACAUGCGCAAGAUCAAGUACUGCUUCUCUCAUGUGAAGCAACUAAUGAACCAUUCAAAGAUUUCUGGUAAAAAAACAGUCUCACAACACAUCUCUGAAGAAAAAGACACAAACAAAGAAGUGGGAAAAGAAGAAUUGAAAAAACUGAAAGAACUUCUGCAGCAAAGAGACAAUGAGAUCAAUAUUCUAGUAAGUAUGCUAAAAAAAGAAAAAAAGAAAACACAAGAUGCUCUUUUCCAGCUUAAUGUUGCCUCUGCUGGUUCUACAGCCUUGGAGCAGUCUCUUCCUGUAAACUUGGAAGAAAAGUGGACCCCAUCUAACUCUUUUAGUCUGAAAGAGGCAAAAGAUCUCAGCUCUUCACUUAACAGACUGCCUUUUCUUUCCAGACAGACAGGAGGAAAGAUGUCUCUUGGAUGUCAGGAGGCUUUUGAAGUUUUCAAGUGGAACCAUGCUGACAGUAUUACCAUUGAGGACAACAAACAGCUUCUAAAACAGAGGUUUGCUGAAGCUAAAUGCCUUGGAGAAAAAAUAAAUGAAGUGAGAAAUAAAAUAAACCACCUGAAAGGAGAACUAACCCAGAGGCAUAUUCAAAGAGCUGUUCUAGCUGUGUCUAAGCCUUCUGAAGAGCAAAAUACGCUUGAUCCACUGGAAGAGAAACUUCGAACCCAAAUAGAGGAAGAGAAAAAAAGUUAUAAAACAAUGUACAAUCGCUUGAAAGGGCUGAAAGUAGAGAUUGAACACCUACAGCUUCUCAUGGAAAAAGCAAAGGUGAAGCUGCAAAAAGACUUUGAAGUCUGGUGGUCUGAAGAGGCGACAAAUCUACAGGUCCAUCAGGAAAAAACAGAGUUGGUCAGCGCACUGAAUAGUACAACAGUUUAUCCUGAGUUUAUCAAAUCUUCACAGCCUCUACCAACUAACAGCUUUUCAGAGACCACAAGUGCCAGCUGUAAUGAAGAGACAUCUGGGAAAAACAAUUCAAAUAAUUUUAAUAACUCAACUUCAAAAACAAGGACCUCACCAAGUUCAAACACAUCUAUUCCUCUAACUGGAGACAGCCAGACUGAUGCUGACAUCCUAGCUUUUAUUAAAGCAAGACAGAACAUCCUGCAAAAGAAAGGCUUGGGGAACAAAUGAAGUUCUUGUUGCAGUCCAAGAUUUCCUUUUAGAAUCUGUUAAAGACUGUUAUUAUUUACCGUCCUCUUCUGUUUAGAAACAGGUACAAAUGACUACUUUAGAUGUACAGAUUUAACUGGUAAGAAAGUGAAUAGGAUUGACUUGUAUUUGACAGCAAAAUCCGUUUCUCAGGGGAGUGAUAUUAGAAAAUUUGCACUCAGUAUCUUCAGCUUAAAUUAAAAUUAAGCAAAACUAAAAAAAAACUGAUUAGGAGUUUGCUGAAUAUGUUUGUUUAUUGGGAAUUUAUUAUCAGUUUUCUAAAUACUAAAAUUAUCUAAUGUGUUAAUGCUUUCUAAAAGUUAAUGUUCUUCUACAUCUUUAGCCUGUGGAACUUUUAUUGCUACUGAUGGACUGGUACUUUUCUCCUUUGGUAUAUGUGUACUGGAAACUUGAGAAGAAAUUCAGGUGAAAUUGACCUGUUUUGUCUCUGAAUUUGUAUAAAGCUUUGUUACUUACAUCUAGUUGGCAUCUAGAGAUGUCUGC